GAAAAAUAUUUUAAAACUCUUUUUGACUGAUUAAAAUCAUUUUUUUUUUUAAAAAAAAGAGUCCAUACGAAACACACAUAGGUAUUGCAUAAAUUAAAUUAAAAUUUUCUAGAUGAAUUUUAUUUAUAAUAAACGGUAAAGACUUAUUCAAAAAUACGAUACUCCUCCUAUGAUAUAUUUUCUAAAAAAUUAUUCAUUAGGUUAACCUUUCAUCUUUUUUUUUUUUUUUUUUUUUUUGUUUUAUAAGUAUCUGUUGCCAAGAGGAACCAAUCAAAAACUUUAGUCACAUCUCUUCUCUGCUCCAACACUGCUCCGCCUUAUUCCCCCAACACACACACACACACACACACACUAAAAAAUAGUCUUCUGGUUCUAUUGAUCUAGGUCAUCCUUGUUUGUUUGUUAUAUCAUAUCCUUGUUUUUGAGUUAUUAAGCAAGGGUGAUGAUGUUCAUGGUGAUCGGCAGCAGGUGCUCUCAUACUUCCCACAUCACUGAAAUUAUAAUCACAAGCUUCUUUCGCCACAAGCUGUAGAUCCUUAGUAUUUUCUACAUAUAUACUUCUUAUACAACAAAAAGAUUAAAAAGGGGUACUUAUCAAGAGCUCCAAAUUCUUGAUUAACAUAAAGGAAACAGGGGGCUAUGGGUGUUUCUUGAAAAGGAUCAAGCUUGGCUUUAUAUAUAAAAAAAAAACGUCUGUGGAAUUUUGAAGCUAUGAUGGCUCGGGGGAUGCUCUACGGUGGUGGUUCUAAUUUCGAUCAGAAACAGAGAGAUAUGUAUUUUUCUACUGCUAAAGAGCAUCUUGGUUCUCUUUUUGGCCCUGACUGCUCUUCUUUCUUCGGAUCCAGUUCUAUGGUCAGUUUCCGCGGUGUAAAUGGAGGGAAGCGGUCAUUCUUCGAUUCAUUCGAUCAGGAAGACAAUGAAGCUGAUGAAUUGGGGGAGUAUUUUCAUCAAGCAGAGAAGAAGAGGAGACUUACGGACAACCAAGUCCAGUUUCUUGAGAAGUGUUUUGGGGAGGAGAACAAACUUGAACCUGAAAGAAAAGUCCAGCUUGCUAAAGAACUAGGUCUGCAACCUCGCCAAAUUGCAAUUUGGUUUCAGAAUCGUCGUGCACGAUGGAAGACUAAGCAGCUAGAGAAAGAGUAUGAGGAACUCAGGAAUAGAUAUGACGAUCUGAAAUCAAAUUACAAUACUCUUCUCAAGGAAAAAGAAAAUCUUAGAGUUGAAGUUUUCCAGCUCACCGAUAAACUGCUUGUCAAGGAGAAAGGAAAUGGGCAAUUGACUUUGUGCGAUAUACAAAAACAGUCCAAUGCAUCGGUAGAAGUAACUGUGGCUGAUCCAAUUUCGAGGGUAGAACUGUCCAAUGUGCCAUCUCGAAUUCUUAAACAGCAGAAGCAGGAAGAUUUAAGCUCUGCUAAGAGCGAUGUCUUCGACUCAGAGAGCCCACAUUACACUGAUAAGAGGCAUUCCACUUUCAUAGAUCAGGGUGAUUCUGCUCGUGUAUUUGAAACUGAGCAGUCAGAUUUAUCUCAGGAUGAUGAUGAAAAUUUCGGAAAGGCUAUGCUUUCUACUGCCAACCUGCUUGGCAAAGUCGAGGAUGAUGAUUAUCCCGCGACAUCCUCAAAUAUGCACUACUUUGGAUUUCCAAGUGACGACCAAGGUUUUGGCUUCUGGACUUACUAAGUUCAUGAUUGUGUAUAGAAGUAAUGCGGAAUACUAUUUUAUGUGUCUAGUAAUGUGUCAUAUAUUUGGAGACAAUGUAUAGAGCAUAUAUCUGUAAUAAAUAAAGUCCUAUGUAUGGAUCCAGAACCCAAAUGAAGUGAUGAGUUCUGGUCACCAAAACAGUUGGGAACUAUGGCUAUUGUGCUUUUGUAAACCUGUUAUGUAGCUGGUGCUUUAUGUUGUUAAAUCUGACUUUUUUUGUCAA